AUGUCCGCCGCGGCCGCCCGUCCCGUCCUCCGCUCGUCAGCGCUGCGCUUCGCUGCCCGUCGCUACCAGAGCACCACCACCCAAAAGGCCACCGAGGCCGCCAAGGAGUCGGCCACCAAGGCACAGGAGACGGCUCAGGAGACCACCAGCAAGGCUUCGCAGGGUCUCUCGCGCGUCACGAGCGCGGCUGGCGGUGCCGCAAAGGGUCUCACCAGCGCGCUCGGCAAGAUUGGUGGACGAACUGGCCGUCUGUUUGCCUUUGUUGAGCGCCAGACACCCUUUGUCGUCUACUACUCAAAGGUCGGCCUCGAGAUGGCCAAGUACGUCGCCCACGGCCAGAAGAUGAGCCCUCCAUCCAUUGCCACUUUCCAGACCUACUACCAGAACCUCUUCCAGUCAUUGCGAUCCGGCUCCCUCGGUGGCCAGUCCGCACAAGGCCUUCUCCAACGCGCCCGCAACAUUGGCCCGGCCCAGAUCGUCGCCGGCGGUGUUGUCGCUGCCGAGUGCCUCGGUUUCUUCACCGUUGGCGAGAUGAUUGGCCGCUUCAAGCUCGUUGGCUACCACGGCGAGACUGGUGCCCACCACUAG